AUGGAACUCGAGAGAAAUGCUUUUGGGUUCGGGAUGGAUCCUUUCACUGGUGAUUAUAAAGUGGUUUCAAUUAGGAUGUACACCUGGGGUUCUGGCCUUGAUAAUGAUAUUCAUCCAUCAAGUUUCCCUAAACACAUUGCUAUAUAUUCAUUGCGUGAUGAUUCUUGGAGAGAUUUCAAGGGUUUUUUUCCAGAAUGUAGUGUUUCUUCCAUUUGUGAGUUCUACACUUACAUGGAUGGAGUUUACUACUGGAGUGCAUGUAACAAAAAUGAUGAUGCUACGAAACUCUCAUUUCAUAUGGGCUACGAGGUGUUUCAAAACAUAUUGGAGCAGGAUGAACCGGUGCUGUUCAAAGGGAUACCAGAGCUAGGUUGUCCUCACCCAGGAACUAAUCUUGUCGGACAUUAUUUUGGAGUCUACAAUGGCUCUCUUGCUUGGAUACAAUCUUAUCCAGCACAUUACGUGGCACCAAACGUUUUCAACAUUUGGGUAUUGAAAGAAGAACAUUGGACAAGAGAAUUAAUAGCUGGACCCUUUGAAGGAGCAAUUCCGCUUGGCUUUUGGAAGAAAGGUGAGUUCCUCAUCCAAGUUGAGGACGGGCAUUUGUACUUGGUAGACCCUAUUACCCUUGAGAUGAAGGAUCUUCGAACUGUGGCUUCUCAGGCUAUUGUUUACCAUGAGAGCUUGGUUUCAGUUCAGAGAAGAGACGAAGAAUUUGAUCAUUCAUAUAUUACACUUCGUCUUAAGUUCGAUAUUUUCUACUGA